ACUUUCCCAGCGCUGUACUUGGGCACACUGCCGGCAACAUUUUGUUUUAAAACAAUUGUCCACCAAACACCGAAGAAUCGGUCAAUUGCAGUGUACCUAUUGGGUUUAAAGACGUAAAUCUUACACAAACGACUGAGAAUCUCAAUAUGCCGAAGAACGGUAGCGGUGGCAACCGAAAUAAUGCUCCUAGGAAGCGUCAGCCGGCGGCGCAAUUAGAUGAGGAGAACCCCAUCAUUCAGGCCUUUCGGAAUUACUCCGCUGAACUUACCAUGAAGCACGAUCGCCACGAGCGCAUCGUCAAGCUGAGCCGCGACAUCACCAUCGAGUCCAAGCGUAUCAUAUUCCUGCUGCACUCUAUCGACUCGCGCAAGCAGAACAAGGAGAAGGUCCUGGAGGAGGCACGCCAGCGCCUGGCAAAACUGAUUGAGGUAAACUUUCGGGCCGUCGCCCUGGAGCUGCGCGACCAGGAUGUAUAUCAGUUUCGCGGCGCCUACUCGCCCGGGCUGCAGGAGUUCAUCGAGGCCUACACCUACAUGGAGUAUCUGUGCAGCGAAGAUGGAGCAAAGGAGAACAAGAGCGUUUCUGACUGGCAAGCGCUGCAGGCGGUUAUGCAGUAUGUGGAGGAAGCCGGCAAAGCCAAGGGCGAGGACACCAGCGUAACCGAAGUGGAAGCUGUGGCUGAGCCGGUGGUGGAGGAGGUGCCCAAGAAGUUUCAGUUCUUCGUAGACCCAACGGAAUAUGUAUUGGGACUGUCCGAUCUGACCGGGGAGCUAAUGCGCCGGUGCAUAAACUCAUUGGGCAGCGGCGACACUGACACAUGCUUGGAGACCUGCAAGACCCUGCAGCACUUCUAUACAGGGUACAUUAGUCUCCACUGCCCGAGAGCCCGCGAAUUGUGGCGCAAGAUCACCACCAUGCGCCAGAGCGUUCUCAAGGCGGAGAACGUCUGCUACAAUGUGAAGGUGCGUGGAGGCGAAGCUGCCAAAUGGGGAGCUACCUUUGACCAAAAGCCAGCCGAGGAGGUGGACGAGGGUUUCUACUAAUAAAAUACGCUGUAAAACUAGCGUACAACAAAGGAAAAUAUAUUGAAGUAACUUGAUACUCGGAA